AUAUGUGAGUUUUGUUCAUCUGCUUUCUAUAGAACUACAUGGAAAAGGACCUGGGCAAGGUUGUGCUGUAUACAACGAGCAUGGGCAUCAUCAGAGAGACGUAUGCCAAGUGCGCCAAUGUCAAACAGAUACUGCGCACAUUGCUCGUCAAGUUCGAGGAGCGGGAUGUGUUCAUGAGCAUCGAAUACCAGCAGGAGAUACGGGACCGCAUGCAUCACGAGACGAUACGAGUGCCGCAGCUGUUCGUCGAGGGACAGCACAUCGGUGAUGCCGACACAGUGGAACGUUUGAAUGAGAGCGGAGAGUUGCGACAACUGCUGCGACCCUAUAAGUCGUUAGCUACGACCUACACCUGCCAGACCUGCGGCGGCUACCGACUGCUGCCCUGCCCCUCGUGCAGUGGCUCCAAGAAGUCAGUGCACCGGAAUCACUUCACCGCUGAAUUCGUGGCCCUCAAGUGCAUGAACUGCGAUGAAGUUGGCUUGGUCAAGUGUCCCAGUUGCUAAAGUCCCCUCUAGCUAAGACGAUACUCGAAAAGUGUUAUUUAAGGUUUUUUUUAUUUUAUUUUUUUUUUAUGUAUUUUAUAUGUAUUUAUAUUUAUAUGUAUUUUGUAUAGCUUGUUAUUAACAGUUGUGAUAUUUGAGGCGGUUUGCUGCAUGUCUCAUAUGUGGGAUUUGGAAUCAGUAGCUGAACUGUCGAUGUCCAUGGGAACGUUACGCGAAGCCUUGCAGAAUAUACAUAUUUUAAA